AUUACAACACUUCAAUUUCCAUAUAUGCAUGGUAGGACAACGUCUCCUUCCACCGCCUGCGAUUUGACUCGGUAUAUCUCCUCAUUAUCAGCUCAGUUUCGUGAAGAAGCGUAGCAUCAAGCUGCCGCCGAGAGCUGCGUUCCUGCGACUGCCAUAAGAACUCACCACACAAGCCCAUCCCAUUCCAUGGCGGAGCUAGGGGGAGCCCAUUUCAACCAGGAUACCCUGUUCGUCUCUCCAGACAAUCUCGUGAUUGAUCAUGACUUGAACAGCUGCUUCCAAGAUACACGACGACAACAACGAGAGUCUCAUUCUCAUUCAUAUGGUGAUCAUCCUCCAGCUCAACAAGCUGAGUCUGGUAUGCUGCCGCUUCCUCCACAAGACAUGAUCUUGAUCAUGUGCACAUCGAAAAUUGCUGAUGACAGCAGCCGCAGCAUUCGCCGAACAGCAGACACCGAACUUGAGCUUGCCCGUGCACAGUCUAUCGGAGUGGCAAAUACCAACCCAAGCCUCCUUCCGCCCCAAUCUACCGCCAACGCCAAUCUCUCCAUUUCGACCUCUACGCACACUCACAGAAGACGACAGACACGCAUUUCCUUGCCUAGGUGGUCCGGACAACUGCUGGAAUAUCUCGCUAUGCCCGAAACAUCGCCAGUACCCCGAUACCCCCAGCUCCAGCUCCAGCUCCCGGCAAUCGGAAUCGUCUCAAACAAGUGCUGCACCGGGGCAAUCGCAGCACGAUCGACCCAGCAAUUCCAGACGGCGCAGCUGUCCAACGGAAUCCCAAGACCAUGAUCCCACCCGGCUGAAGAUAAAACGCAAUAUGACCGAUCCCGACGACGCUGAAGCACCACCCCAGCGACCGCCUCUUCUGUCCCGCUCCUCCCUCUCGCGAGGCCGUGUUCCGCACAAUCUGGUCGAACGCCGGUAUCGGGACAAUCUGAAUCACCAAAUCGAAGCUCUCCGGCUCGUCCUCCCAUCGCUAAAGGACGCGGUGCCUUCGGACGAGACAUCUUUCGAUCAUCCUCGAAUGCCAUCGAAAGCUGUCGUGAUCAGCACCGCGGCGACGUACAUUAAAGACAUGGAAAACGAGCGGCAAAGACUGAUGGCUGCGAAUGGUGCGUUGCAGGACCAAAUUGGGAGUUUACAGAAGCUACUCCGGGGGAAUGAGAGCUCUGUCGUGCAGUAUAUUAAUGCUAUGCGCUUGACGGGCGCUCAUCAGUUGGCGACUCCGCCUUGAGGAAUUUGGGGUGACUGAUUGGAAGUAAUUCGUGCUGGAUAGCGAAGCGAUAUGGAGAAUUUGGUGUCGUAUCGGGAGCCUGCGUUUGAGGGCUCAGGGCCACUGGAUGGCAUUAGAUUGUUGGGGUGCUUCGAGGCAUUCUUGGUUUCAAAGUAGCAUAGCCUGGCUGGCGUAUAUCUUAUAGAAGAACUCGGCUCCAAAGCACCAACGUUGCGGUAAUGCUUGAGGGGCACGAAUUGCAGUGAAGUGUCCGAAGACCAGCUGAGAUACCGAUACGACUAUAACAUGGAUAUCCAUAAUUCUGCUACACCCCG